GAAAAUGGGCUAAAGGCAAUGUAGAACAAGACCCACGAAGGGCUGUAAGAAUCCACUACAGCCUUUGGUUUGUGUUGCUAUGUGACCCAUAAACCUUGUGUUGGACCAAUAGUUUCGAGGAUUAUGAUAAUAUCAUUCUCUGGUGGUUUGGAUACUGAAGUGUAGGUCUUGUUAACAGGCGACCUUCGAUGUUCACAAUUCUUGCCUCGGAAGUUCUGAGAUUACAGAAGUCUAUUGAGGUCACUGCAAAACAGAGCGUCCUUCAUCAACCAGACACAACAAGCGUCAACAGUGAGACAUUUUUCAUACAAUGCCUGAGACGUCACAAAAUAUGUUCCACCCGUCUCUAUAUCCUGGAAAAGUUGUAAACAACAUAGUAAACAAACAAGUAAUUAUUUAUGCGAUACUAAUGAUCACAACAGCGAAUGGUCAGAUGAACGACUUUUACCGCGAUCUACAGUCUUUGUUCUCUUCUUCUGUACUCGAUUUUACUACGCCAGAGCCCAAAAUAUUCAAAGACCCUUACAGCUUCAAAACUUCGGAGCAACAGCAUAACUUAUUUGAUGGAAAAAACGGAAAAGGUUUGGGCAGUUCAAAACCCACAUCCAGCUCCGGAUCGGAAACUGGUCCAUCUUUUAUGGACGUUAAUUCCUGGUCAUCUAUACCAACAGAAUUCUUCGGUUCAGCGCCAGAUGCACCUGAGAGUAGACAUAACGCUAUUCAUCAGGUUUCCAGCUUCCUUGGAGGUACUCACAACUAUACCGACACAAACAACAAUGGAGAGAUCAGUGUUCCGGAACCACAGAACGAGGAGCUUGCACCAGCCGAUGGACAAGGCGCUGGAGAAGUAUUUCUUCCCUUGGCGGACCACUCCCCAGGAUCGACGUUUGUCGACAACCCACACGUACUCUACGACUGGUCAGCCCCUCCUGUGAGCAAAGACACUUUCCAGUACCCAGAUGAACCACAACCGCCAGUCCAGCUUUUCUCCAAUGGUGAAUCUAUGGCGAAAGCUAUUUUGGAAGGGAAAGUUCAAAGAUGGAGCUGGAAUUAUUCAAUGACCACGUUUGGAGGCGAAAUGGGGGACCAGGGAGUCGGAGAGAAAUACUACGGCUCCAUGACCUGCUGCCAACGGUUGCCCUACAUCUGUGGUGUGGAUGGCAUGUGUGUUCUCGACAAAGCCCAGUGUCAAGAGUUUUGCGUGUGCGCUUUGAACCCAACCGCUCCCCAUUGCCUCAAAACGAUUCCAAGAAUAGUACGGACCAUGAGGAUGCUUGAAAGAAAAAUACUGGCCAAAAUAGCAAAACGUUUGAAUAUUUCAUACACAACAAUAGCGCUCCCUCUUCCGGAAAUUUUCAGCACGACCACUCCAGCAAGGCCAACAACUGUACGGCCAGUGCCCCAGUCUAUAACAAUCCCGCCGCCAAAAAGGAGAAAACCUGCGCGAAAUCUCUCACGAGUGGCGAGCAGGCCCUCCGUCGCCAGAACACAAUUUUGGUCACUUUUCAAACAUGCGACGGCCCGUCCUUCGACUACAACCGCCCCUGCAGACACAACGGAACAUACGACAGAACCCAUCCCAACAGCUGAGGUACCAGUACCAGUCACGACAGAUACCACUGUGGGAGAAAACUCGUGGGGCGAGCAGACAGCAGGAGAUCUUCAGAAGAAAAACCCACAUCAAGCAAGUGUUUCAGCCUCAACAAUUACCACAGAGACAAUAAAGCAGCCUCUGGUUUUCACCCGUACGUCGAAAGCAAAAACCACUGUUUUACCUACGACAUCAAGAACACCAGAGUCCACUUCCAGUUCUUCUGAGAACACAUUCAUAAGCAGCACCGAUUCAUCACAUCGAUUUAGUCCUUCAACCACGGCUAAAACUACGGACAGAUCAUCUACAGAAACAACCAUAUCACCAAGCACUGCAUCAUUAAAACGUACUCGUCGCAUCGGUUCUACCAACGCAACAAAUCCCACCGUUCAAACGACUACAUCUGUAAAUCCAAAGACGACAUCUGCAACUCGUCUGCUUUCUACAAACACAGUACAACCUCGUAUUCUUCUAUCAACAACUAUUACAAACACUCGGAGAGAUAGGCAGGAUAUGACAGGGUCAACGAGUACUCAGUUUGCCCUAAACAGCGAAACCUUCGUACCUUCAACAUCGCCAACAGAUAUUCCAGGCAAAGACACCUCCACCACAGUACUACCCACAAGCCUUGCAAGUACGACAGAAGCCACCGCUCUUACUUCAAAUAGUACCCCUCAAAAUGUUGCAAGGACAACAGCGUUGCCGUUCACCUUCAGCAACAGAAACCGUGCAGCAUCUACAUCUCCAAACCUCGUAGAUCAGGGAAAAGAGAUGGAGCUAUUUUCUUGGUUCUCAUCAAACAACCUGUUCAGCACCCUGGAUGCUCCCACGGCCCCUUCUACCUCUCCUGGAGACAACACAACGGCUGCGACACGCAGAGACGAGUAUUAUCCGCCCUGUGCCGAUGACUGCCAAGAGCAGGGAGGAACUUGUGUCCUAGGGGACGACUUCAAACCGCAAUGCGUCAAGGUGAACCAAGACGCUUGUGAUCACUUCCGAUGCUUCAACGGAGACUGUGUAUCCACCGACGGCCUGUACUCGUGCGAGUGUCAUCAGAACUGGACUGGCAUCUUCUGCGAUGAGCCCUGCUCGGUGGACUGUGGUCAGCACGGCUACUGUGGUCGAGUAGACGAAAACAACACCAUCGGCUGCAUCUGCCACUGGAACUAUACUGGACCUUUCUGCAAGGAGGAGAAACAGGUGGUCACCAUCCGAACAGGUAUGUGGGAAUACAGCUCAUCCGUUCUUCGUGUUUUACUAUCCCUUGACUAA